CCGUCAACGUGAGGACGAGCCCCAUACGGCGAGCGCCGCAGACUCGGGUCCGGACCCACGGGACGGGGAACUGAAGCGUAAAGCGGCGCUGUCAGCGGCCCCCAAAUACAUAUUCAUACAAAUAUUGGACCGGAGACUGGGAAACGUUGGCUGUCAACACCGCUGGCAAGUGCAAAGGGGAAUUAGUUUGGGAAAAGGAGCGGCAUUGACUAAGGCAUUGAAUUAGGAGAAACAUGCGUGUCGCGGCGCUGGAGCGCUGGAGGCAGCGGGGACGCGCUUCCCACCGCUCCGCACACAGGGCGCACAGCCUGGCGUCGACGCUCCGGAUCUCGCUUUAUCUCUCCUAACGCCUUAGGACCGAAACCCAGCGUGUCUUGGGAUUGGACCGAUGCAGUAUGAUCACCGCGUUCAGCUUGUUGCUCACUGAUCAGGAUCGCGACUCAUGGGAUGCGACACAUGGAGAUCUAAGGUCAACUUUGGACCGCUGAAAACUCAGUCCAAGCUGCCGGCUUUCUUUACGAUGGUGCUCAUUUUCACCUAUUUCUUUUACUCUUUGACUGGAUACAGCGACUACCUGUCAAGCCCCGCGUAUGACCCCGAAUCAGCAACCAGGGGCGUUGAAUACGACUCCCAGAGCGGGGUCGGGACUCCGGUGCGCUUCCCUCCGCAUCCGAUGAGCCGCCGGAACAGGACUCAGGGGCCAUGGUCCAACGAACUGUCCCCCGGCAGUCAGACGCGGGGCGACAUCUCCAUCCUCAGUAACGCUGGGAUAAAGAGGUUUCCCCAGGCGAUCAUAAUCGGCGUGAAGAAAGGCGGUACCCGAGCCCUGCUCGAGUUUCUCCGGAUUCACCCCGAUGUCAGAGCCGUGGGAUCGGAGCCACAUUUCUUUGACCGCUUCUAUGAUAAGGGACUGGAGUGGUACAGGAGCCUGAUGCCCCGCACCCUGGACGGCCAGAUCACCAUGGAGAAGACGCCCAGCUACUUUGUGACGCGCGAGGCCCCCCAGCGCGUCUUUGCCCUGAGAAGCCAGACCAAACUCAUCGUGGUGGUGCGUGACCCCGUCACCCGCGCCGUCUCGGACUACACGCAGACCAAGUCGAAGAAUCCGGCUCUGCCCCCGUUCCAGGACCUUGCCUUUCGGAAUGGCAGCCGCGGCCCGGUGGACACGUCCUGGAGUGCCGUACGCAUCGGCAUCUACGCCAAGCACCUGGAGAACUGGCUGCGCUUCUUCCCGCCCUCCAGCUUCCUGUUUGUGAGCGGCGAGCGACUGGUGCUGGACCCGGCCGGUGAGGUGGGCCGCGUGCAGGACUUUCUGGGGCUGCGUCGCAUUGUGGGAAGCAAGCACUUUUACUUCAACCAAACCAAGGGCUUCCCCUGCCUUAAGAAACCCGAGGGCAGCAGUCGGCCGCGCUGCCUGGGCAAAUCCAAGGGCCGCCCUCACCCUGCGAUCCCGCAGGGGGCGCUGCAGCGCCUUAGAGACUUCUACAGGCCCUUCAACCUUAAGUUUUACCAGAUGAGUGGCCAGGACUUUGGCUGGGACUGAAAUAUGCUGCAGUGGAAUAUCGCUCGGUCAGAGGUGCUAUCGAACUGUGGACCGUCCUUCCACUUCCUGUUCUCAGCGUCACAGGAUGUUGCUGUAGCCCGAGAACCUGCUAGAAUAUAAUAGCUCCUCAAAAGAACUUCAUUAGACACGCCCAGGAAAUUCUCACUACAAACUGACAGUUCUCUAGAAUUGCUCAUCAGAACAGAGUACUGCUAUGGUCAGGAUG